AUGGUAGACUCCUCCUUGGAUAUGACCCUUGAUGAAAUUGUCAAGAGGAGUAAGACCGCGAGGUCUGCAGCUAAAGGAACAUCCCGCCGUGGUCGUGGUCGUGGACCAAUUGUAGGAGCUGGGAGAGGAGCUGGACCUGUUCGCAGAGGUCCUCUUGCUGUAAAUGCUAGGCAAUCAACCUUCACGAUAAACAAGGCAAGCUCAAAAAUCUGGGAUGCUCUUCUAUGUGUAUGA